UAGGAUGUCACUACUUUCUCAACACUUCAGUAAAGCUACGCCCCAAAAUGCCGGAUAAAACACACACUAGCUGGUACUAUCUAUGUGGAUAGCUUUGCUUCCAUAAGAGAAAACCAACAAGGCGUUUUGUUAGCUCAUAUUUUCCACACGAGGCGAUUUUUAACGCCGAAGCAUAAUCUGAGCGAAACGCCAACGUAAAAGGCCGUUGCUGGAAAGAAAAGAGCCGCUUGAGGAGACAUCGUUGUGUCUGAAGGAGCAGCACAUGUAAACCAAAAUAUCAAAGUGGCCUGUGGUGUGUACACUUCCUGGUGGACCCGACGGGAAUUAGGGUGUUAUAACAAAAAAGCAAUCGGACGAGGACGGUGAUUUGCCUCCCCGCUCGGCCAUGCGGGGAGCUCGGGUCUUCGUGGCAGAAUGUGUCGCCUUCCCCCGGUGUUAGCUCCGCUGGAGCUCCAUGGCCAACAGUAACAAUAUGCUCCUGGCCUCCGCCGUGGUGGUGUGGGAAUGGCUAAACGAGCACGGCCGGUGGCGGCCCUACGGCCCCGCCGUCUCCCACCACAUCGAGGCGGCCAUCCGGAGCAGCGACCCCCGCGGAGGCAGCGUGGUGCUCGGCCAGGUGGACAGCCGGCUCUCACCGUACAUCAUCGACCUCCAGUCCAUGCACCAGUUCAGACAGGACACAGGGACCAUCCGUCCGGUGCGGAGGAGUUUCUAUGACCCGGCAUCAGCCCCGGGUCAGGGCUGGCAGUGGGAAUGGGAGAACGAUGCUGGUACCUGGACGCCGUACGACAUGGAGGUCGCCAUCGCCAUCCAGAACGGCCACACCCGCCAGCAGCCCUGCCUCGACCUGGCACCACUUGGAUUCUGCUACCUCAUUGAUUUUCAGAACAUGACACAGGUGAACAGACAGAGCCAGAGGUGUCGCAGGAUCCAGAGGCGAGCCGACAUGGCAUACCCUCUGGUGUCCGGGCCUCUCCCCUUACCUAAAGGAGGGGGAGGAGGCUUAACGGGAGCCCUGCUUGGCGUUGGGGUGUCAGGGGCCAGUGUGAGCACCGGAAACCCAGUCUAUCCCAAUGGAGGAUUACCAGCUACCGGACUGGGCCAGCCCUGCGCAUGCCAGCAGUGCAUGCUGGUCCUGAGUGUGAAGUCCACCGCAGGAACAGGAGGAGGAGGAGGAGUGGCGGUACAGACUCUAAGUAGACGCUCGCUAACCAUGCAGCGGCCCAAGAACUCCAUCUCCACCACCUCCAAAGCCCUUAGUCCGUCAAAGUCAGCCACUCUGGGUCGUGGCCAGCAGCAAAACUCCAACUCUAACGCCAACUACUCCCUGACUCUGCCACACGGCCUCGCCAUCUCCAGAAACACCGCCUCCCCGAGGAGAAACGCCCAGCUUUUUGCCCAGUCACUGGCCGCCCUCACCGCAGGCACCGCCUCCCUCAGCCUCUCCUCUUCCUCCAACAGGCCACCUCCCCCAUCCCUCCCACCCCCUCUGCCCCCAUCAUCCAAUCCCAAUCCUCCGUCCAUGCCGGCGACACCUGCCCCAUCAUCAGCCAGCGAGUCGGUGCCCACUGCCACGCUGGUUACCCCAGCGUGCAGUGUGACCACUCCCCCUUCCCCUGUGCCAUCUCCGUCGCCCGUGGUGAUGAAACCGCAGCGCACGCCAUCAGUAACAGCGACGGUGUGCCACGCCCCACUGCCACAGAGAUCGAGUUUGGCCGGACUGAGUAGACCAGCGUUACAGAGAAUCGCCAUGGCCCAAUCCAGAGCACUCAUAGCAUCAGGCGUGCCCACUGUCCCUGUGAAGAACCUCAAUGGAUCCAGUCCUGUUCACCCUGCUCUUGCCGGGAUCACGGGGAUCCUGAUGAGCGCUGCAGCUCUGCCCGUGUGUCUGACCAGACCUCCUAAGCUGGUGCUCCACCCUCCUCCUGUCAGUAAGAGCGACAUCAAACCUGUGCCGGGCCUGGGCCACUGCUGCAGGAAGACCACCAAGAAGCAGACUCGCAAGGGUAAAACUCCAGAAGAGGUGGUGAAGAAGUAUUUGCAGAAAGUGAAGAGUCCACCAGAGGAGGACUGUACCAUCUGCAUGGAGCCUCUGGGGGGUCCAUCUGGCUACAAAGGCCCAGGGGUGGGGCCUGUUUCCAGGGCGGAGUCAGUGGGGCGGCUGGCCCAGUGUGGACACCAGUACCACCUCCAGUGUCUGGUGGCCAUGUAUAAUAACGGCAACAAGGACGGCAGUCUUCAGUGUCCCACCUGUAAAACGAUCUACGGUGUGAAGACGGGGAACCAGCCGGCGGGGAAGAUGGAGUACCACAUCAUCCCUCACUCUCUGCCGGGACAUCCUGACUGCAAAACCAUUCGCAUCAUCUACAACAUCCCACCAGGCAUUCAGGGACCAGAGCACCCGAACCCAGGGAAGCCCUUCACCGCCAGAGGCUUCCCCCGACACUGCUACCUCCCAGACAGUGAGAAAGGACGCAAGGUACUGAGAUUGCUCCUGGUAGCAUGGGACCGCAGGUUGAUCUUCUCAGUCGGUACUUCCAGCACGACAGGAGAGUCUGACACGGUCAUCUGGAACGAGGUCCACCACAAGACAGAGUUCGGCUCAAACCUGACGGGCCAUGGCUUCCCCGACCCCGGACACCUGGACAACGUCCUGGAGGAGCUCCGAGCUCAGGGCAUCACAGAGGACGACGGACUGACGGAGAAAUGAGAAGAAAACCAAGGCAGAGAGAUGGAGCAGUGUGAAGCAUAGAAGAGAGGAAGAGGAGUACAGGGAGAGAAACAGCCCAAAUGAUGAAGAGGAGCAGGAGCAGGAGGAGACUCCUGAACUGAGACAGACUCUGCCAGCACUUAAAGGGGUGCAGGGGGAUGUUUUGGGGUACAGAAAACAUUUAUUUUUCUGCAGGGGUCACCAUUUUCCAACUUGUCAAUUGAGCCGACGCUGGGGUCUGCCUGCUGAUGCGGGACUUUCCAAAGGUCACAUUUUUUUCCCCACCAAACCGAAAAGCACAUCAGCAGAGGUGGGAGGGUGUCUGAAGAUGCAGCAGCACAGCAAGAGAGGCAUUCAAAGGAAGAGAAAUUUGAAUGAGAGAUUAUGGCACUGAUGGUUUCAGCCAAUAGCUAGGUACUAAAAGAAAAGUGAGAAUGAGUUGGUACUAAUAAUUAAUACUUGAAAAGAAAAAAAAAACAGAGCAAGUUUACUUUACUGAAAGAAAGAGUAACCAGGGUAAGAUGGUAAAAUGUUAGAGCAGUUGAUUUAAAACUGGGAAAGAAGGGACAAAGAUGGAGAGGUUUGAUAGGCAGAGGUAACUCAAGGGAGAAGAACAGAGUGUAGCAGAAAAGAAAGAAAGAUGGUGUGCGAAUGUAGUAUAGGAUAGGAGUAGAGUAAUAUUAACUUGUAUAAAUGGUACUUCAGCAAUCACCAAACAUAAGAAACCAGAAGUGAUGAAAGAAAACACUAAGGAAAGGUGUCCUGUGCUUGCUUUGUUGCAAACCAAGCUGCUUUUUCAGCACUCUUGCUCCCUCUUGUGGUUGUUCUCCUCCACUACAGCUUUGAGGCCACUAGCUAAUGAAACAAAACAACAAUGGUUUUCCUGUGUUAUCCACUUGUAUUAUCAUUUAUUAUCCUUGCUAUAAUCCUCAUUUAAUGUCAUUCCACGUACUUUACCUCUUACUCCUGUUUUUUUUUUUUUUUUUUUAAAUAAACAAUAUAAGCCCUAAAUGAUUGUAUGUGACAUGACAAGAGACCAAACGAAGGCCUGAAAUCCUCCAAGCCUUUUUUUUUGGAGUCUUACUAUUGAGCCACUGGUACCAGUUAACUAUUAGAAGCAUAGGUACCAUUAUUUACAAUAUAUAUUUUUUAAAUUUCUCCUCCCUUUUUAAUGGUUUGAGAUGUUUCAAUGGAUGUAAAUGCUGGUCUGUUCUGUGUGCAGUGGGGCAGGCAGUGAGUAAAGCAGGGAUGUGAAUGCAAAAAAAAAAAAAAAUUAAAGAGUGCUGCUUACUUUUAUAAAGGUGAAGAGCACUUUGUGAGCUCCCUGGAGUGAAGCACUGAG